AUGUGGUCGACAGUGAUAAUCUUGCAAUCGCUCUAUAUUCUCAUUCACUGUCAUGAUGAUGAUCUACCUUUUUUGACAAAACGAACUGAGGCUUACGUAGAAGAGCUUGAAAAAGCAUGUAAAGUGGGUAAGCACGAAUGUACAGAGGCAGCAGAACAUUUGGCAGAAACUCUCCAUAUCUUUCAAGAACUUCUUGCAACACAUUCAAAACGUAAUGAAGAGUUGGAACACAUAGCUAUGACGAGCGAAAGAAUAAUGCCACCGUUGCUGAUUUUACAGUCUGUUGCGCAAUUAGAUGAGUUCAAGCUGCAUCAUUUAGAAACAGUAGACAAGAUUAUCAGAGAGGCAAACAAACAACUGCAUCGGAUGCAUCAAUUCGAUAGGGAGCAGUGGAUUCAAGAUUUGCACAUGAUCACUAAUCGACAUGCUAACGAAGAUUUGUGA